AUGCCUCUCGCCACAGAUCAAGCAGGAAACACUGUCGUCGAGCACAGCAAUGGCCAGCGCUCCCAUUACAAACUAGAUGACUUUACCGACCCUUGGAAACCAAGAAAAACAAUAUUCAUCCAGCACGGAUUUGGCCGAAAUGUGAACUUUUGGUAUAAAUGGGUACCAGUGCUCGCUCAGAAAUAUCAAGUCAUCCGCCGUGAUCUACGCAGCCACGGACUUUCCAGCCACCCCAAACCAACGGAUGGAUACGACUACAGUCUGGACACUAUACUGUGGGAGAUCAUCGAUACUAUGGAUCAGCUAAAGAUUGACAAAGUGCACUUUUUGGGAGAGUCUACGAGUGGAAUGCUGGGUGAAGCAUUGGCCGUCAAAUUUCCGGAAAGGAUCUCUUCUCUCAUCAUAUGUUCCUCGCCUACGGUUCUGCCACCAAGCACACUUGAGUUCUUGGCAUUUGGCAGAAAGGACUGGCCCACCGCUUGUCGUGAACUUGGGUCUCGUGGCUGGGCGCAGCAAUUGGCAAAGGUUCCGGGAACCAUGGCGUCAGAUGACCCAGAGUACCCAGCUUGGUGGCUAGAUCAAGUGUCUUCGUCUCCUUCUGAGGGACUUGCAGCAUAUGCGGGGUUUCUAAGUACCCUGGACGCACGGCAGUUUUUGAAGGAUAUAAAACAGUCUAUGCUUAUUCUGGCGCCAAAAAACAGCGCUGCAGUUAGUGUUGGUUCGAUGGAAGAUGUGGCGCGUCAGGUGGCAGGUGCACAGCUCAAGGUCAUUGAUGCUCCCGGUCACGAGAUAUUUACAUCCGGGGCUGAACAGUGCCAACAAGCGGUCUUACAAUUCUUGGAAUCUUUGUGA